AGAAAAAAAAAAUGGAGGAAUACAAACAUUUCAGCCACCCCCAUGACUUGAAACUCUACCAAAUCCAAGAAGAUCAAACCAACCAACAAUUCCGUUGCUCCGGCUGCGAAUCUUUCUGCCACGGCCUCGUUUACGGUUGUCGGAGCUGUGAGUUCUUCCUCCACAAAGCUUGCGCCACUGCGCCCCGCUCGCUCCGCCACCCUUCCCACCCUUCUCACCACCUCACCCUCCUCCCUUCUCCGACAUACCCUGAUGGCUCCUUCCUCUGCAACGCUUGCGGUGCCACUGGCACCGCCUUUUGCUUCUCCUGCAUCCCUUGCGAUCUGGACCUUCAUGUCGAUUGUGCUCUCUUACCCGAACAACUCAACCUCAAUUCCCAUCGCCAUAGCCUCUCUUUAGUCUUUUCACCUCCCUCUAUUAUAUGUAACUUGUGUCGUCGUGCCCUCGACUCUCGAUACUGGAGUUAUAGUUGUUCCACUUGUAACUUCCACGUUCAUACCUACUGCGCCACGGCCCCGACUGCGUCCCCGGUUGGAAGCGUGAGAAAUGAUCGGUACGCGGAGUUUGUGGCAGUCAGGGAGGGGGAUUACGACAGUGUUUCUCCUGCAGGGUAUGGUGUCGUCAAUGGCGGAGUGCCAGCGGUGAAUCCGCCAGUGGUGGUGGUGGAGGAUCCGUUUCUGAAGGCGCAGGCAGAGCUACAUGAGCUUCAAAUGCAGAUGCAGAUUGUGAAUGAGAUGGCCAAGAUGAUGGCGUCCGUUAACUUGAGCUCUCUUGCACCAUGA